GGCCGGACCGGCUGUCACCGUGCGGCGGGCGGGCUGCCCAGGCCGGGACCCCGCCAACAGUAGGCUGAAGGCCCUGCCGCUGAAGGGAGACGAGCCACCCGGAAAUCAAGAAUUGCCACUGCAUUACUUUGACAAGCACUACCUGUUGUCUUCAAGAGAUUUCACUGAAGAAUAAGCUCAAAGAAACACCUCUCUCCCUAUACCUCUGUUAGCUAGCAAAUGUUUUCAAUGACCAGGAAAACAUCAAUCACUCUUGAGCUUGGCCURUUCUAGGCAACUGAACGAAGGUUCCUUCCAGUGGUUUUCAUAGCUCUAUUGCUGAAGCAACUCUCUUUGUUGGAUGAAUGUUCAUGAAGCUCUUUCCUGAACCAGCUUAGGAGGCCUAGGCCUCUCGGAACCUGUGAAAUGGAAGCUUUGGAAGURGAUGAUAUCAGCCCAGCAUUAGAAGUUACUGAGGAUUUCUUUAGUACUUUUGAUAGCAAGCUAGAAAAGGCUGUUCAGCAAGCAGAAGUUUAUGGGAUUCAGGAAGUCCCUGAACUGGUGGGACAUGAGGUACUCAGUAACAUAACAGACAAUGGUGCUAUGAGAAAUGUUGCCUCCCUGGGCAAGGGGGGCAUGAUCUGGGACCACUGUAAGAGCAAGCUCAUAGAAACCAAAGCUCAAAAUGUCUUCCCUGCCAAAGAACAGUUUGUGGUCCAGAGAGGGACAACUCCAGAUAAUCUUUCCUGGAUGGAACAAAAGGAAGCAUCAACCUUUAAUUUUUUCAAUAUCUGUCAGCGUCGAAGGGAUAGACCUCGUUCUGUGAAUGACUUAUUGGAUGAAACUUCUACUUUCAAGCCAGGGCAUGCUCGAUCAAGGUCAGAUAUUACCCAAGUGGACUGGCGCAUGGUCCUCAAAACCAUGCCUUUGCAGCAACAGCAGCAGCAGCAGCAACCUUCUCUUCCAGGUCCUCCCUUCACCAGGCCACCUUUUCUGUUGCCCUCUCCAAGUAAGGUAGAAGAUGCCCAAGGAAAUACUGAACACAAGCAGACAUUCCCAAACAUUCUGAAGAAGGGUUACCUGGAAAUUAGAAAGGACCAUGACAGUUACUGGCAAAGCUGUUACGCAGAACUGUCACCUUACAACUUAUACUUCUAUAGCCUCGACAGCAGUGGGAAUCAAAACCCCUAUGCCACGUACCAACUUUCCCACUUCCAGAGCAUCUCUGUUUUGGGCAAUCUUGAGGCCAGGAUGGUAGACACCGUUCUCUAUGACAACACUCAGCUACAGUUAAAGGCAGAGUCACCGUGGGAAGCUUUGGACUGGGGACAGAAGCUUUGGGAAGUUGUGCAUGCUGCAGUGCCCGGUUACAUGGGACGGCAGGAUGAACUGGCAAACUCACCAGGGCUCGGCCAUCAUGUUGACUAUACACAGAAUCAUUGUUUACAAGAGAAAUCCAACGGGCUGCUACCACCGUCUCCUGUCUUGGAUAGCUCCAAACARUACCAAAACAUCCUCAAAUCAGGGACACUCUACAGACUAACUGUCCAAAACAACUGGAAGGCAUUUACAUUUGUGCUGAGCAAGGCCUAUCUUAUGGCUUUUCAGCCAGGCAAGCUAGAUGAGGAUCCCCUGCUGAGCUACAACGUGGAUGUGUGUCUGGCUGUCCAGGUAGACAACCUGGAUGGCUGUGACUCUUGCUUUCAAGUCAUUUUCCCUCAAGAUGUCCUCCGCCUCCGAGCUGAGACCCGGCAGAGGGCUCAGGAAUGGAUGGAGGCUCUGAAGACAGCUGCCAAUGCAGCGAGGAGUUCAGAGCAAAACCUGCAAGUCACACUGAGGAGCAAACCCAAGGAUCAGCUGGGUGGGCAUGAACUCAGGAAGAACAAACGUCAGUCCGUGACCACCAGCUUCCUGAGCAUUCUGACAACUUUAUCUUUGGAACGAGGACUCACGGCUCAGAGUUUCAAAUGUGCAGGCUGCCAGCGACCCAUUGGCCUUUCCAACGGGAAAGCCAAGGUGUGCAAUUACAGUGGCUGGUAUUACUGCAGCAGCUGCCACGUGGACGACAGUUUUCUCAUCCCAGCACGCAUAGUCCAUAACUGGGAUACUUCAAAAUAUAAGGUGUCUAAGCAGGCCAAAGAAUUCCUGGAGUAUGUGUAUGAAGAGCCCCUGAUCGACAUCCAGCAGGAGAACCCCAUGCUGUAUCUCCACGCCGAGCCACUGGCCACGGUGGUGCGCCUGCGGCAGCGGCURAAAUCACUCCGAGCCUAUUUGUUCAGCUGCCGGGCAGCGGUGGCGGAGGAUCUGCGUCGCAGAAUUUUCCCCAGAGAAUACCUCCUUCAACAGAUCCACCUGUAUUCCCUGGCUGACCUGCAGCAGGUGAUAGAGGGAAAGCUGGCUCCGUUCUUGGGCAAGGUCAUUAAAUUUGCCACCUCACACGUGUACAGCUGCAGUCUUUGUAGCCAGAAAGGGUUCAUCUGCGAAAUCUGUAACAAUGGAGAGAUCCUCUACCCUUUCGAGGAUAUUUCUACAAGCAGGUGUGAAAGCUGUGGAGCUGUCUUCCAUUCUGAAUGCAAAGAAAAGUCUGUCCCCUGCCCGAGGUGCGUCCGCAGAGAGCUGCAAAAGAAGCAGAAGUCCUUCUGGCAGAGGCUGAAUGUGGAUGAGAGCCUGGAGGAGGCGUGCACCAUGUUCGAGCUGUCCUACCAGAACACCUGACCUGCCGUCCAGGCCACUCACCCUGUAAUGACCUGGCCAGAGGCUUCCGAGGGGACACCUACACCCCUGUGAGGAAGAGCACCCUCUUCAGCUAGAUGUAGAUAUAUGUGUUUAUUUAUUUAUAUACACACUGUAUGUCCUGUGCGUAGGUCCUGUGUAAAUCAUUGUCUAACAGGUCCACAGAGCUGCUGUGGCUGAAAACCUGCCGAUGGCUGAGUUACACUUGGCCAUGAAUCUCAGCUGCUUGCUCCCAACAAAACCUGGUUUACACACA